AUGAGCGGUUAUCGUCCACUUUUGAAGAAGCCCAAAAUCGAACCCGAGGAAGAAGAACAAGACGAUGAUGGCUUUCCUGAAGAGGAAUCUAAUGAAGAAAAACUGGGGGAGCAGAUUAGGAAUGAGCAGGAAGAAGCACUCGUGGCCUUAAUAGAGCAUCGGACAAAAGAAGUCGAGCACCUACGCCAGCGUAUUAGUUAUUAUAAAUCCCAGCUUGAUGAAGCAGAGAAGAGAUUAGAGGAUACCCAAACUAAAUUAGUCCGUCUUCGAGGAUGGAGUGAAGAAAAAUCAUCUAAAAAUUCAUCUAAUGGUAGGGACGAGGCUAAAUUUGAAAGAAAAGCCCAAAGCCCUUCCCAGAAACAGUCACCGCCUCAUCUUCAGGAUGCUAUGAAGAAGCCCUCUGUAGAUAAUCCGGACCGUGGAAAUUAUUCCAAAAACAAAAUCCAGCCUAAGCCACCACUAGUGAUUCCCACAGUUAAGGCAAAGGAACCUGGAAAUAAACCGUGUGGUGUGUCUGGUUCUGGUCCACCAUCGACUUCAUCAGCACUUACUAUUGCAAAUAGUCUCACAAAGUUGAAGGGUGAAAAUACUCAUAAAACAUCAGCGGAGCAGGAAGAUGUGGAAAUUCAGCCUAAAGGGACAAAAAGGAAAAUUGAGCAGAAAGAACAUGUAGAUUUGAUUCCAUUGGUUGCAAAAAAUUCUUCACCAGUCACAAUUCGCUGUCAUGGUGGCCCUCUGUUAUCCAGUCAACACAAAAGAAAGCUUCGGAGUCUUGCUUUAUGUCCAACAAAUGAUCAGUUAUUCGUGACCAGUGCGUUGGAUGGAAUGGUCAACCUAUGGCAACUUCAGGGACGAGGUUCCUGUGCCGAUCUUCUAAGUAGUACUGAUUGUCAAUCUGACAAGCAGAGGAGAUGGCCAGAAGAUAUUGCUUGGCAUCCUCAUGGAAACAAAGUUUUCUCGGUUUAUAGCGCGGAUGGUGGGGAUUCUCAGAUAUCAAUAUUGAACCUAAAUCCUAAACAAAGGGCGAGAGGUAACCAUCUUAAUACAAUGUUAUGCUAA